GAGAAGCGGCUCUGGGCGCCGGCAACUCGGCUGCUGAAAGCUCGCAGCUCCCCGACUCCCGGGUCCAUUUCCUGGAUCCCGGCCACCGGGACUGAACCGGAGAGAGGGAGGGCGCCCGCCAGAAGGAAAGUGAGCGGAAGGCCGGCGGUGGCACCCUGGCCGCGGGAGGGCGGAGCUGUGCGGUCCCUGCCCGACCAGGACGCACGGAAGUGCGGUAGAGUUUGUUGAAUUCCGUAGCCUGCUUUCCCUCCCUCAUACCUCCCUCCUUCCCUCUCCACCCCUCACCUCCCCUACAGCUUUAGCCUCCUUCCUCGGAACGCCAUCUCCUGGACUCCCCCCCCCCCCGUUUCUUUUUUCUUUCUUUCUUUUUCUUUUUUCUUUUUGUUGUUGUUUUUAGUUUUUUGAAGGGAGGUUGAUUGUUUUGGACUUGGCUUCCUGCUGGCAGCGCUGAAGGGCUGCGAGUGAGGGGCAAAGAGGCAAGAGGCUGGGGGGGCUCAGCUACUCAGCUAGUCCGUCUCGGGUCGGAUCCAGAGGGCAUCGCAGUGAACGAACCUACGGACGGACGGACGGACAAGCACCCGACCACGCCAUCUGUUCGACAGAGCUCUAUCUACCGACUGCUGUUGAGUGUUCGGGGGCACAUCAGGGGCGGGGGUGGUGAUGGUGGAGGUUUCUCCUAGCGUUACUUCUGGACAGGGGUUCUGGGACUCUGAUCCGGGUCAGCUUCGUACUCUGAAACUGCUGAGGAAUUAGGCAAACAAAAGAGGCACUGAGAGAAAGAGGCCAGAAGUCCUUUGCGCGCGCCCCCCCCUUGUUAUCUGGGGGUGGGGGCUGGCCAUUUGCAGGGCGGGAAGAGGGCACCAGAGCGGGCGAGACGGGGUCGCACCCCCUGGGUCGAGUAGUUAUCAGCCGGUUGUGCAAGCUUUGGCCCUUGUUUUCCUGGCCUGGCUCGUUUGGAGGCCGGACACAUCCACCCUUGGAAUUGGUUCAGGACUCUGCUGUUAUUCUCUUUGCCCCUCUUGAAUUUUCUGGAUUCUUGAAGACGCGGUGGCCCGGGAGGAGAGAGGAAGGAGGAAGGAGCAGAUCUCCAGAGGAAUGUGAGAGCCUCCCAAAGCAGCCAGUAAGAGCGGAGAGCCAGGGGAGGCAGAACCUUGCCUGUGGUCCUGGGACCGUGGUCUGAGGGUAAUUCUCUUCUGUUGUACACUAUUCUAGUGGAAAGUGUGUGUCUCGUUCUGGUUCUCGAAGAGCUGCUUUCUUCAAGUCAUUUGACUUUUCUGCUUGGUGUGUGAGGAAGGAGAGACUCACUCCUUUUCAGGGCCUGCCAAGGGAGAGGAGAAAGACUGUGGCCAUGACCAACCCCUCCCUGCUUACAGGCAGAUACCCCAAGGCAGUUUCUGGACCAUGGACACUUCUUUGACCAAAAGGCAGCUAAACAGCAUCUGUGCAUGCUGAGGCCCUGCCCAAAGGACUCGGUAGGACAUACUAGACUUUGAGCUGCAAGUACAUUUUUUUUCUGGAGACCCUGCUGAACAUCCUGGAUCUGGGCAAGGCAUUUUCCUUCCAGUCUUGACCUAACAGAUACCUUAGCCAUGGCACUGAAAGGCCGAGCCCUCUAUGAUUUCCACAGUGAGAACAAGGAGGAAAUCAGCAUCCAGCAGGACGAAGAGCUGGUUAUCUUCAGUGAGACCUCACUGGACGGCUGGCUGCAGGGACAGAACAGCCGUGGGGAGACAGGGCUCUUCCCUGCUUCUUACGUUGAGAUUGUCCGUCCUGGCAUCAGCACCAACCAUAUGGACUAUUCCAACAGCCCUGCAGGCUCCCUGGGCACCCAGCUGAGUUUGUAUAGCAGCCCUAGUAUGGCCAGUCCAGCCAGGAGUGGUGGGGGCAGCGGCUUCCUCUCAAACCAAGGAAGCUUUGAGGAUGAUGAUGAUGAUGACUGGGAUGACUGGGAUGAUGGAUGCACAGUGGUAGAAGAGCCACUGGCUGGCGGCCUAGGUACCAAUGGGCACCCUCCACUCAACCUCUCCUACCCGGGUGCUUACCCCAACCAGCAUAUGGCUUUCCGACCCAAGGCACCCCUGGAAAGGCAGGACAGUCUGGCGUCUGCCAAGCGGGGCAGUGUGGUAGGACGGAACCUCAAUCGUUUCUCGUGCUUUGUACGCUCUGGAGUAGAGGCCUUCAUCCUUGGUGAUGUGCCCAUGAUGGCCAAGAUUGCUGAGACGUACUCCAUUGAGAUGGGCCCACGUGGCCCUCAGUGGAAGGCCAACCCCCACCCAUUUGCCUGCUCCAUUGAGGACCCCACCAAACAGACCAAGUUUAAAGGCAUUAAAAGUUACAUCUCUUACAAGCUUACACCCACCCACGCCGGCUUGCCUGUGUACCGGCGCUACAAACACUUUGAUUGGCUGUACAACCGCCUGCUACACAAGUUCACAGUGAUCUCAGUGCCCCACCUGCCUGAGAAGCAGGCCACAGGUCGCUUCGAGGAGGACUUCAUUGAGAAGCGCAAGCGAAGGCUCAUCCUCUGGAUGGACCACAUGACCAGUCACCCUGUGCUCUCCCAGUAUGAGGGCUUCCAGCACUUCCUCAGCUGCCUGGAUGACAAGCAGUGGAAGAUGGGUAAGCGCCGGGCAGAGAAGGAUGAGAUGGUGGGUGCCAGUUUUCUGCUCACCUUCCAGAUCCCCACAGAGCACCAGGAUCUGCAGGAUGUAGAGGACCACGUGGAUACAUUCAAGGCUUUCAGUAAGAAGAUGGAUGACAGCGUCCUACAGCUUAGCACCGUGGCAGCGGAGCUGGUGCGGAAGCAUGUGGGGGGCUUCCGCAAGGAAUUCCAGAAGUUAGGAAGUGCCUUCCAGGCCAUUAGCCAUGCCUUCCAGAUGGACCCUCCCUUUAGGUCUGAGGCUCUCAACAAUGCCAUUUCCCACACUGGCCGGACCUAUGAAACCGUUGGCGAAAUGUUUGCGGAACAGCCCAAGCACGACCUCUUCCAAAUGCUUGACACACUGUCUCUCUACCAGGGCCUACUCUCCAACUUCCCUGACAUUAUCCACCUGCAGAAAGGUGCCUUUGCCAAGGUGAAGGAAAGCCAGCGCAUGAGUGACGAGGGCCGAAUGGCUCAGGAAGAGGCAGAUGGCAUUCGCAGGCGCUGCCGGGUGGUAGGUUUCGCCCUGCAGGCCGAGAUGAACCAUUUCCACCAGCGCCGUGAGCUCGAUUUUAAGCAUAUGAUGCAAAGCUACCUGCGCCAGCAGAUUCUUUUCUACCAGCGGGUAGGCCAGCAGCUGGAGAAGACCCUCCGCAUGUAUGACCACCUCUGACAGACUCUGACCAGCUAUGUAGGGCCUCUCUCCACCUAUCCAUCCCACUCCUGUCAUUAGCAGUGGCCCUGGUGCCCAGGGCUGGUGAGGUGAGUGGCCUGUUCUUUCUAGGAGAAGACAAGGGCCUUUUGAGAAGUCCCGGUAUCCCUGGAGUACUUUCCCCUGACUUUAGAGAUGGAUGAAUGGCCAUAACCCUCUGAGCCAAAGCCUGGGCUGCUGGUCAGUCCCUAAAGAUCAAGCUCCUCUUGAGCCUAUAGUGCACACUCAUCUGGUCACCACACCCUGUUCAUUCCGUGGGCUCCAUAGACUGCUGUGGCCCUGGCUGAGACAUGGGUGCAAGGCUAGUACUUGUCUGUCCUGGAAGAGCCACUUUUCAAGAUGGAUAGCAGACAAUGCAGAAUGAGAGGUGACACUUAAAGAUUCAUGGAAACUCCUCAGAGGACCACAGGACUCUGCUGGUUAGGGGGACACUUCACGGAGUAGGUGACAUUCCAGCAGUAUCUUGAAGAAUAACAAGGACCUGCAAAAGACAGUAAAUGGAGUGAAGGACAUUUUGGGCAGAAGAGCGAUGUGGUCCCUCCUCUUACCAUUCCCAAAGCAAGUUUGAUGUCCUCUCUGUGGGUUGUGAUCUGUAUGACAGAGGGGGAGGGGCCAUCCUUGCUCUGUGCUCCCUGGUUCUCCCCGUCCUACCCAUGCCUCUGCAGGAGGGACUGCAGGCCAACUCCCUCCUAUAGGCCUUGGAUUCCUCAAUACCUUGGUUGAGGGACACCCCCCACACCCUCCACACCCCCUGCUUUUCCUUGAUUAGGGGACCAUGCAAAACUUUCCCUUCUGUAGGCUCAAGGUGCUCAAUCCAGGGAGCACUGGACCCUGGUGGUGCCUUUCUGGAGGGAACUCUCAAGUGACCAGCAGUCACUCCCCAUUCUCCUAGCAGGCCCAGGCACCUUUGUUUCUGUGGCUUAGUUUUCUCAAAUUACUCUUGUUGCACAGUGGGAAAUCUGACAGAAAGAAGCUGGGAUCUCCCGACCCCCACCAACCCCACGUGUGGCCAGACUCACUGGUCAGUUUGUGCAGUCACCCACCUAUGUUUACAUCCUCCAGGAAUUGCUGCCCUGUAACCGGCAGGCCUGGGUGUGGCCCAGCAGCUGGUUGUUGGGAACUGCCCCUGCCCCCGCUCACCUCCCUGGAAAGCCAUGUUCUGCUCCUGGGUCCUGCUGCUUGACUCUUUUCUUGAUAAACCUUUUACAGUUAACUAGUGUAACAGAAGCACAG